GCUCCCGGGGGUAGGAGGUGCGGGGCGGGCGCGGUAAGAUGGCGGCGGGGGGCGCGGCGGAUGCCCAGGCUCGCUUUGGCCACUCGGUGAAGGGGCUUCUGACCGAGAAGGUGACGAGCUGCGGCACCGACGUGAUCGCUCUCACAAAGCAGGUGCUGAAGGGCUCCCGUAGCGCCGAGCUCCUGGGUCAAGCUGCGAGAAACAUGGUGAUGCAAGAAGAUGCCAUCUUGCACUCGGAAGAUAGUUUAAGAAAAAUGGCCAUAAUAACUACUCAUCUACAGUACCAGCAAGAAGCAAUUCAAAAGAAUGUGGAGCGCUCAUCAAACCUUCAGGACCAGCUGAGUCACUUGCUGAAAUGAAGGGGAGCCAAAGGCACGAGGAAACUUGACCAGCACUGAGGGAGUGAAGCGUCCUCUCCCCUCCAGACCCUGGGCUCAGAACUAUAUCUGGAUGAUACUGGAUCAGUCAGCUGGGAUAUGUGCAGAGUCUGUGUUUCUGAGCAUGUGGCCCCCUUUUGUGUGCCUGCACCCACACCUCUGCUGCAGAAUGCUCACCCACACCUGGUUGAAACAAACUUCCCUGAAACUUUCUCCUCCCAGUAAU